AUGGUGAACGUUCAGGCUACAGUGAUAGAAGUUCCCAUGAACGUUUAUCUUAUGAGAGAUGUAGAGCGUGCAUCUUACAGAAUAGACAGUGAACGCUUUUGCCGUAAAGCAGACACAGAAAGAACAUCACGUAAGUCAAUUCGUGACAGAAGUCCAUACAAGGCAGAGACUCGCAAAGCAGAAACUGACAGGACACCUCGGAAAACUGAUACUGAGAAAGUAACCCGCUCUUGUGAUACUGAUCGUACUUACCGAAAAUCAGACAGUGAACGACCUCAUCGCAAAUCAGAUGAUGAAAGAACUGCUCGUAAACUAGACAUAGAGCGUAGCGUUCGAAGAAUAGACAGUGAAAGAAAUGUUCGUAAGUCUGAAACUGAUCGUGUGGUACGCAAACAGGAUCUUGAAAGACAAGGUCAUAAGUCUGAUUUAGAGAGAAGCAAUCGUAAAUUGGAGUCUGACCGAUCACUGCGCAAAACAGAUGUCAGCCGUUCUACUCGUAAAUCAGAGGUUGACCGAGCAACACGAAAAGCAGAGGUGAAGCGAACAACACGUAAAGCAGGCACUGGUUGUAAAGCAGAGAGUGAACGUGCUGCUCGGAAGAUAGACGAAGACCGAAAUGUACGUCGAAUGGAAGAUGCACGUUCAGGAAGGAGAACAGAAGCAGAACGGGGCUCACGUAAAAGUGAGAGUAGCAGGGUGAUAGCCAAGGCAGAUAUUGACAGAAAUGUUCGCAAAUUAGAAUCUGAACAGUCUGUACACAAGUUAGAUUCUGAUAAAAGCACAAAAAAGGCAGAAGAUGGUCGGGUAAUGCGAAAGAUGGCGGACGACAGGACGGUACACGAGUCAUUUGAUGACAGAUCUAUGAAAAAAAGCCUUGAUCAUUAUUGUACAAAGAAAUGGCUUGACAGCAUUGCAUUACCCAAGGACAGUGGAGAUGGAAGUUCAUCUAAGGAAAAUGGUGAGAAUACUCUGCAGAAGUUAAAGAACGAUUGUGCUGCACAAAUAAUAGUUUCAGAACUCUGUUCACAAAAAGGAGACAAUAGUGUGAUUGUACCUAAACAAGAAAGUAAGGAAACUGUUUUAGAUUUUAAUAUUAGGGAAAGUGGUGAUCAAGGAAGGCUUAAGAUUGAGGGUAAUUGUAAUCUGCAAAAGACAAGCUCAGAGUGUACUGAAUGGAAAGGAGAGUGUGUCUCAGUUGCAGAAAGAGCAUACGGUGCUACUGAAAUUAUAGAUCAAAAUAAAGAUAGACUGAGACCUUUGCCUAAAUCACCAACAGAGCUGCAUUCUCGUACUUUGAAUGUAGAUGAUAAAUCUUGUAUGGCUAAGGCUCAAGAAAGUCAUAUUUCUCCCAGAGCAGCUCUUCUGUCUGGCAUACCUAAGCUACCACCAGUAAAUGCGCCAUUGGAGAUAGGAGGAUUGACUGUUCUGCCCAAGAAAGUAGGGCAAGCUGCACACAGUGUUACUCUUGGAACUGGGUUUUGUGAACUGCCUGAUGAACCCGAAGCAGGUGCUUUGCCAGCUGAAAUAGUAGAUGGUUCUGUAACUGUGAGAUCUCAAGUGUGCCCCAUGUCUGCUGACUGUAGUACAAUAUCUACUUGUGCCAAUCCUGAUAUUUCUAUGACCCAGGGGCAUGAUAAAGAUAUUGUGUCUAACAGAAUGACAAUGAAGUCUACUAAUGUGAAUAAUUUCCAGUAUGAAAGUGAUAUGAAUUGUUCAUCCGCAAAGUGUACAGUUUCUCUCAACGAUAGUGACAACUUAAAGGAACCCACUCUAUUGAUUAAAGACAACAGAGUCCAAGAAAAUGUUAAACAAGGUUGUUGUGAUUCAGUAUCUCAUAUGAAACUUGAGACAAGUUGUACAAUUGACACAUGUAGUGUAUGUUGUAAAUGUUCUUCUACUGGAGCAACAAUUUUGCCAGAUGAACACGAUCCCUGUGUUUUAUUUACAGAAAAUGAAAAUAAGCACCAUAAAUUUCACAAGCCAUUUACGCAGCUGCCUUCACUUGAUGUAUUAGAUACGCAGCUGACGUCUAAAACUCUAAUCAGACUGCACACAAAGCCACCACACUUGGAUGAAGUGUCAGACUCCUCUUUUGCAGGAUUUCAGUCUCAGAGACUAGACAAUGAGCAGAUGUUAUUAAAACCAGAGGUGCCUCAAGUUGAUCCUUCAUCAGCUGAAGCUGAAGGUCAUGCUUGUGAUACAGAAAAUAAUUACAGUUCAACAGCAGAAUUUUGCUCCAAGUCUAUGGGUGAUUCUGUGUCUGCUGAAACUGAUAUAGACUCUUGUAUCACUGAAAUCAGUUCCUCUGAUGCUAAGCCAGAAUUUAACAUAAAUCCUGUGACAACUGAAAUGGACACCAGUUUAUCAUCUACAAAGUCUGAUGUGUGUUCUGUCCUAUCAAGGCAUGAAGAACAUUCUGGGAAUAAUAAUGGUUUUGCAUUUGCCUCCAUCAAGCAGUAUUCAGAAGCUAAAUCAUUUUCAGGUUUGGAGAAACCAAAUAACAGUUUAUGUAAGUGGGAACCAGUUAUAAACAAUGCACAAGAAGAACAUGCAUCUUCUUUGUCACAUGUUAUCAAUGAAGAAUGUAAAAUUUUGGUAAAACAAUAUAAUUCUAUUUCUUCAGAAUCUGAGAAUUGUUCUGAUUUUACUCAGAAAGAUGCACUUUCUGACUCUAAUAAAAUGGAAAAACAGAAAUUACAUGCUGAGAAGGAAGCAAAAUGCUGUGUAGAAAUUUCUGAAUGUGUUCAUAAUAAGUCAAUAGAUGAAGAAUGCAGUUCAUCGACUGAUGGUAAGUCCCCAGCUUUGCAAGGGUCCUACACAUCCACAGAAUGCACAGAGAAUUCUGUUAAUGAAAGUGAGAAAAUACUUAAAUCAGAAAGGGGACCAAGUUCUCGGUCAUCUGUUACAGAAUGUAGUGAUAAAGUUUCUGGUACAAGUCCUGUAAGCUUGCAGCAUUCCAUGACAAGUGCUUCAUGGAAAUCACCUGAAGCAAAUUCUGUGAAUGCUCAGACAAAUGAAGAAGUCAAUGUGAACACUGCAAAACUUGACAGAGACAGUUCAUAUGCCCCGGAAUUUGAAAAUAGUGUAAACUUUUCAGUUGAUGGGAGGAAGACGCCUCUGACAAUAGAUGAUGCUGCUGUUUCUUCAACAGAAGUUCAAGAGGAUAAUACAAAGUUACUUUCUGAAUCAAAUAACUCAAUGUUGGUAACAGAACUAUCAGACAUAACUAAAUUGAGUUCCGCUGCACAAAAUAUAGUGACAGAAGAUAUAACAAAUCCAUUGGUAAAUGAUGCUCCCAAAAAUGGAGAUGCUUAUUCAAAAAUGAAAGUUUCUAGUCCGUUGUCUUCUGCAGAGGAAAAUGGAAUUAGUUCUUCAUCUGGAGAUUUAACAAAUGUAGAAGAAGAUGCAACAGGUGAAGUGCUACCAGUUCAGGCAGUGACUGGUACUUGUGAAGUACAUCCUGCAAAUGAAACAGAUGUUGGAACUGAAACAGUGUCAUCUCAAAUGCAUGAAUCUAUAAUACCAGAAAAAGAGAAAUUUUGUGGUUUUGAUGGUGAUGUGAAGGCAAAUGUAUUGUCUUCAGAAAGCACAGAAUCUUUUUCUUUAGCACAUGUAGACUGUGGAACUUUGUCACCAGCACAAGUAGAACGUUGCCAAACACCUACUCCAGAUACGUUGCCAUCUACAACAACUCAUACUUCUUCAGUACUAGAUACAGACUGUAGCAAUUCUCCACCUAUGAUAACAGAUCCUCCUCAGUCAUAUAGCUGCAAAACCACACUAAGUCCAUCAGUUACAGAUGUUCAUGUUCCUUCUGUUGAUGAACCUACUCUCACAGAAAAAAGUUUGCCUGAACCAGUGGGUAUUAAGGGUACAGAUGAAAGUAAACCAUUCGGUAAUGUGCAGUGCAGUCAUAGUAACAGCGAAGCUGUUGCCUCUAAUGUUGGCUCUGUUGUAAGUAUAAGUGUUGGAUCAGAUAGCAAACACAGACAUGAACACACUUCAGGGAAUGAACACCGGAAACACAGGCACAGUAGGAGACAUUCAUCUCGACGCUCUAGUAAGGACAGAUCAGAGCAUAAAGAGAGAUACAGAAGAAGCAGUGGUGACGCUCAUGAAAAAGGUAGUCAUGUUCAUGAUUCGACACUAAAAGAUAGAUCUGACCAUUCAUCCAGUAGAGAAAAUAUAAUUAAAGAUCGCCGAAGUAGCAGCUCAUCUGAUGUAAAAAUCCGCUGUUCUGAAUGUCACAGCAGGUCAAAAAUUAAACGAGUAAAUGUUGGUGUCCAGUGUCGUAGGGACAAAUUAUCUGAUAAGAGUGAGAAGUCAGAUCCAGGAUCAUCAGAAGUUCCCUCGGGUCCUAAGACUAACUUUCAAACUAAACAUUAUUCGUUACCGAGACCUCCAUCGUGUUCUCAGUGUGGUGUUGAUAAUCUGAAAUAUGGUAAAUUUAUUCGCAUUGAAACAUAUGCCAAUGGAGGUGCUACUGUUGUCCAUAUGUAUCAAGAUGAAAUUGAUUGCCUGAGCAAGUCUGAGAUGGAGGAGCUGGCCAAAGAAUAUUUUAAGGUAGUUUUUGCUGAAGACGAGGGAGGUUUCGCGCAUCAUGUAAUGGGCAUUGUACAUGAUGCUGCAACUUAUCUUCCAGACUUGUUAGACCAUAUGGCCGAAAAUUACCCAAACUUGACUGUAAAAAAUGGUGUUCUUGGAAGAGGCUCAGAUAUUGAGACGACCACAAUGGCCCAUUACAGAGAACAGGUUUUGAAGCAUUAUGCAAGUGGAACUGUUAGGUAUGGACCUCUGCACCAGAUAAGUUUAGUUGGCACAGUUCAUGAAGAAGUUGGUGGUUUCUUCCCAGACUUCUUGGCAAAGUUGGAAGAAAAUCCAUUUCUAAGAAUGACAAUGCCAUGGGGUCCAUUGUCUGUUGUUAAAAUGGAAUCACCUCAAGAAUCAAAUGAUGGUCCAAUUCUUUGGAUUAGACCUGGAGAACAACUGGUACCAACUGCUGAAAUUGGGAAGUCACCAGCAAAGAGGAGAAGAACUGGUAUAAAUGAGCUUCGAAAUCUGCAGUACCUACCACGACUAUCAGAAGCUCGGGAGUACAUGUUUGAAGACAGAACAAAAGCACAUGCUGAUCAUGUUGGACAUGGACUUGACAGAAUGACAACAGCUGCUGUUGGUGUUUUGAAAGCUAUCCAUGGGAACCAACCAAGUGAACACAACCGUAUUACUAAAGAUGUAGUAGCAUUUUAUGCUGGCGACUUCCCCGAACUCGUGGAAAAAUUGCAGUUGGAUCUUCAUGAACCACCUAUUUCUCAAUGUGUCCAGUGGCUAGAGGAUGCAAAACUUAAUCAACUUCGGAGAGAAGGAAUACGUUAUGCUAGAAUUCAACUUUGUGACAACGAUAUAUAUUUUCUGCCUCGCAAUAUAAUUCACCAGUUUCGAACUGUGUCAGCUGUUACAAGUAUUGCAUGGCAUGUGCGUUUAAAACAGUACUAUCCCAGUGCGACAAGCCGUAAAGGUAAAAAUUCUAGAGUGGGUGGAGAUCAACAUCAUUGCAAAGACAAGAACAUGGAAAAAACAUCCUGUGAAUCUCAAAAACAAGAUUCGAAGAGAGAUUACACUAGAAGUGAGAGGCACAGAAAAGAGAGGCACCAGAGUAAAGUAGAUGAACAACACUCAGAAAUAGGUGAAAGUGAUAAACACAAGAAGCAUUUGAGAGAAUAUCAUCAAAGAAAACAAAAGAGGCAUGAAUCAGAUGAAGAUGGUAUCAGGGAAAAGAAAAGAGCAAAACUAUCUGAGGACAAGUGUAAGUCAGACGACACACAUUUAGAGACAAAGCUUGACUCCGUCUCUGUAGAUAAAAAAGAAAAAAGUGAUACAGAAGAUCCUGAAGAAAAGCACCUUACAACUAAAGUUAUACAAGAAUCUUGCAAGAGGAUAGCAGCUGUUGAUCAACAGUUUGAUUUCAAGCUUGAUUAUUACAAGAAAUCUGAUAACAAGAGAAGACCAGAAUACACCGAGAAGGAAAAUAAAGAAAAGCUCAGAGAUAAAGAUAAAGAUCAGAAGAGGCAUGACAAAAGAGUGAAGUUAAGUAGUGAGGAAUACAAAACAAAGAAACAACACUCUAGUGAUAAUGUAGGUGAGAGGCAUAGGAGGGAACAUAGACAUAAUCAGAGCCAUGAAAAAGCGUGUGAAAAAACAACUAAUAACACCGAAUUGAAUACUAGUUGCAGUAAAGUUACUCGCUCCUCACAGCAUAAAAAAGAAGUUGUAUCAGAAGAUAACCCAGAUACAUCAAGUAGCACCAAACUCGAUAGUAGUGUUACUGCUGAGAUCUCUGUACAUUGUAGUCCUGAUUUAGAACAUUCUUCAGACAGAAUUGUAAAUACGCCAAAGAAGAGUUGUCCAGUAAAUGAAGUUAAUUCCAAGAGUGUGUUACAGACAAGUGUUCAAAAAGGUGGUACUGAGAAUUUGCAGUGUACAGAAACUGGAGUGAGAAGUGAUAGUGGUGAUAACCAAAAAUCGUGUCCUGCUAAAAGGGAGUCUAGGUCAAAAAGUGUAUCAAGGACAAAUGUAAACAUCUUGGACCAAAUUAUGGCCAGUAUGAACUCAAAUAGUGCACCAAGGCUUAAAGAAGACAGUGACAUAGUUUAAAAGUUAGUAAAAUCCAUAUGUGCACCAGUUAGUGAAUUUUCACUGACAAGUAUAACUGCCUUCUUAGUUCACAAUUUACAAAAAAUGUAAGUACUUUUACCUUGAGAGGAUUUUAAUAUACAUCUCUCUCUCUCUCUCUCUCUCUCUCUCUCUCUCUCUCUCUCUGUGUGUGUGUGUGUGUGUGUGUGUGUGUGUGUGUGUGUGAAUAUUAUGCAUAGCAUGUCAUAUAAUAUAGUGUGUAAAUGUAUUUUCAAGCUUUAUUGCAUGAGAAACUUCCAGUUAAUUAUCUUGUAGGAGCACAAUU